GGGACGGGGACGGGGACGGGGACGGGGACGGGGACGGAGACGGGGGGCGGCGCUCCGUGAGCGCUGCCGCACCGACACGGAGCCGCCGCCGCCACCGCCGGUGGGAUGAGCGGGAGCGGCGCCCCCGGGCCCGGCGCGGCGCCCUGCCGCUUCGCCCACUACUUCGUGCUCUGCGGCAUCGACGCGGAGAGCGGGCUGGAGCCCGACGAGCUGGCAGUCUUGUACAAAUGGCUAGAAGCAGAUCUCCAUGGCAAGAGCUCAGAUACUGCAAACAAAGCCUCAGGAGAGAAUUUUGACCAGAGUCCCUUAAGAAGAACCUUCAAGUCCAAGGUUUUGGCCCAUUAUCCUCAGAACAUUGAGUGGAACCCCUUUGACCAGGAUGCUGUCAACAUGCUGUGUAUGCCCAAAGGGCUGUCUUUCAGGACGCAGGCCGAUAACAGAGAUCCGCAGCUGCAUUCGUUCAUAAUCACCAGAGAAGAUGGCUCUCGUACAUACGGGUUUGUGCUCACGUUUUACGAGGAGGUCACAAGCAAGCAGAUCUGCACAGCCAUGCAGACGCUGUACCAGAUGCACAACGCGGAGCAAUACAGCAGCGUCUGCGCCUCGUCCUCCUGCAGCAUGGACUCCCUGGCCAGCAGCAUCGACGAGGGUGACGCCACUUCCCUCGCCAAGCUCCAGCGGUACAACUCCUACGACAUCAGCAGGGACACGCUGUACGUCUCCAAAUGCAUAUGCCUCAUCACCCCUCUGCCCUUCAUGCAAGCCUGCAAGAAGUUCCUGGUCCAGCUCUACAAGGCGGUCACCUCCCAGCAGCCGCCGCCGCUGCCUCUGGAGAGCUACAUCCACAACAUCCUGUACGAGGUGCCCCUGCCGCCCCCGGGCAGGUCGCUGAAGUUUUAUGGGGUUUACGAGCCCAUCAUUUGCCAGCGACCGGGGCCCAACGAGCUGCCGCUCUCCGACUACCCUCUGCGGGAGGUCUUCGAGCUGCUGGGUCUGGAGAACCUGGUCCAGGUUUUCACCUGUGUGCUGCUGGAGAUGCAGAUCCUCCUGUACUCGCAAGAUUACCAGCGCCUAAUGACGGUGGCAGAGGGGAUCACAACGCUGCUGUUCCCAUUUCAGUGGCAGCACGUGUAUGUCCCCAUCCUUCCUGCCUCCCUCCUGCAUUUUCUGGAUGCUCCUGUUCCCUACCUGAUGGGGCUGCAGUCCAAGGAGGGAACCGACCGCUCCAAGCUGGAGCUGCCUCAGGAGGCAAACUUGUGCUUUGUGGACAUUGACAACCAUUUCAUUGAACUGCCAGAGGAAUUCCCCCAGUUCCCCAACAAGCUGGAGUUUAUCCAGGAGAUCUCCGAGGUCCUCCUGCAGUUUGGGAUCCCACCGGAGGGCAAUCUGCACUGCAGCGACAGUGCCACCAAACUCAAGAACCUGGUCCUUAGUGACUUGGUGAAUGACAAAAAGAACGGGAACAUCCCCGGCAAUGCCCUCAAUAUGUACGAGCUGCUGAAAGGCAACGAAACCAUUGCCCGCCUGCAAGCUCUCGCCAAGAGAACGGGCGUGACGAUGGAGAAGAUGACCAUCACAGCUCCCCUGGUGGAAAAAGAGAAGGAUGUGAAAUUGCAGUGUGAAGAGGUGGAGCUGAGGGACUACAAACUGAACGUGCAGCUCCGGGAGGUGUUUGCCAACCGCUUCACACAAAUGUUUGCAGACUACGAGGCGUUCGUCAUUCAGGCUGCCCCCGAUCUGGAAUCAUGGCUGACCAACAGGGAACAAAUGCAGAACUUCGACAAAGCUUCCUUCCUCUCGGACCAACCUGAGCCUUACCUCCCAUUCCUGUCGCACUUCAUCGAAACACAGAUGUUUGCAACCUUCAUAGACAACAAGAUAAUCUCCCAGUGGGAAGAGAAGGACCCUUUCCUGAGAGUUUUUGACUCCCGAAUUGAGAAAAUAAGGCUGUAUAAUGUAAGGGCCCCUGCACUGCGGACGUCCAACUAUCAGAAAUGCAGCACUCUGAAGGAAGCAGCCCAGUCCAUCGAGCAGCGGCUGAUGAAGAUUGAUCACACAGCCAUCCACCCGCAUUUACUUGAUAUGAAGAUCGGUCAAGGGAAAUACGAACAAGGAUUUUUCCCAAAGUUGCAAUCAGACGUCUUAGCAACGGGACCUACCAACAACAACCGUUGGGCCAGUCGCAGUGCCACCACGCAGCGGAGGAAAGACCGCCUCCGGCAGCACUCGGAGCACAUCGGGCUGGACAAUGAUCUGAGGGAGAAAUAUAUGCAGGAGGCAAGGAGUCUAGGAAAAAAUUUAAGGCAGCCUAAACUCUCAGACCUCUCUCCAGCUGUGAUUGCACAGACCAACAGUAAAUUUGUGGAAGGAUUGCUGAAGGAAUGUCGCAUGAAGACUAAACGUAUGUUGGUAGAGAAGAUGGGCCAUGAAGCAGUCGAACUGGGACAUGGAGAAGCCAACAUAACAGGUCUGGAGGAAAAUACAUUGAUUGCUAGUCUCUGUGAUCUGCUCGAAAGAAUCUGGAGUCAUGGUCUGCAGGUCAAGCAGGGGAAAUCUGCUCUGUGGUCCCAUUUACUUCAGUACCAGGAGAGAGAAGAGAAGCAAGAGCAUAGUGCAGAGUCCCCAGUUGCUGUUGGAACAGAAAGACGGAAGUCUGAUACAGGAAUUACUUUGCCUACUUUGAGGGUUUCCCUGAUACAAGAUAUGAGGCAUGUUCAGAACAUGAGUGAGAUAAAGACAGAUGUAGGGCGAGCCCGAGCCUGGAUAAGGCUUUCUCUGGAGAAGAAGCUUUUGUCUCAGCACCUGAAGCAGCUGCUUUCCAACCAGGCACUUGCCAAGAAACUUUACAAGCGUUAUGCUUUCCUGCGCUGUGAGGAAGAACGGGAGCAGUUUCUGUACCACCUUCUCUCACUGAAUGCUGUGGAUUACUUCUGCUUCACAAGCGUCUUCACCACAAUCGCAAUCCCUUAUAGGUCAGUGAUAAUCCCCAUCAAAAAACUAAGCAAUGCAAUAACCACAUCAAACCCAUGGAUUUGUGUUUCGGGAGAGCUGGGAGAUACGGGCGUAAUGCAGAUUCCUAAAAACCUCCUAGAAAUGACAUUUGAGUGCCAGAAUUUAGGAAAGCUGACAACUGUUCAGAUUGGUCAUGACAACUCAGGGCUACUAGCCAAGUGGCUGGUUGAUUGUGUCAUGGUCAGAAAUGAAAUAACAGGACACACAUACAAGUUUCCCUGCGGGCGAUGGCUGGGAAAGGGCGUUGACGACGGCAGCUUGGAGCGAAUCCUUAUUGGAGAGCUGGUGUCCUCCACGUCUGACGAAGAGCUGGGAAAGCAGUGCCGUACCCCACCCCAGCAGAAGUCUCCUACCACAGCUCGGCGGCUGAGCAUCACUUCUCUCACAGGAAAAAACACCAAGCCUAAUGCAGGGCAAAUCCAAGAGGGAAUUGGAGAAGCCGUGAACAAUAUCGUGAAGCAUUUUCACAAGCCAGAGAAAGAGAGAGGGAGCCUCACCAUUCUGUUGUGUGGGGAGAAUGGUCUGGUCGCAGCACUGGAGCAGGUCUUCCACCAUGGAUUCAAAUCGGCUCGCAUUUUUCAUAAGAAUGUCUUCAUCUGGGAUUUCAUAGAGAAAGCCGUUGCCUAUUUUGAAACCAGUGACCAGAUCGGAGACAACGAGGAGGCCCUUUUGCUUCAGAGAUCUUCAUGCAAAACCUUCUGCCAUUAUGUGAAUGCCAUCAAUACAGCUCCAAGGAACAUUGGAAAGGAUGGCAAAUUCCAAAUUCUGGUUUGCCUGGGGACAAGGGACCACUUGCUGCCUCAGUGGAUCCCCUUACUGGCAGAGUGCCCGCCCAUCACGAGGAUGUACGAGGAGAACGCUCUCCUACGGGACCGCAUGACUGUCAACUCCCUUAUCCGAGUCCUACAGACAUUGCAAGAUUUCAACAUCGUCCUAGAAGGAUCUCUCAUUAAAGGAGUGGAUGUUUAGCAUGGCUUUGCUGAGAACUUCAUUAUUCCUUUCCCGAGCAAGCAAACCACAAUUGGAGACCUGUCAGGACUUGAACGCGACGGUAGCGCACCACUGCAAGGCAAAGCUGCCGGAAGAAGCGGGAGUGGGAAGCCCGGAGUGUGCCCCACCGGGACUGUCUUCUAAAGCUGCAGAGAGCUCAGAUGCAGUAUUGUAGUUUAUUUGAAACAGAAAUUUAGUAUAAAAUAGAGUAUUUUCAUGUGUUUAGAUGUGUGUAAAUACGCUAUCUUCUUUAAGAAAUUAUAUUACUCUAAGAAAAUUUUCUUAGACUGAAUGUUCUUGUUCUGACUGUGAGUAGCUCAAACCCCGGGGAAGGGCUGGGGGAGGGAAGGACUGAGGUGGGAAGGGACGCCGCUACUUGCUUGCAAGGAAGAAGCCAAUCAACGUGUAAAUACAGCGCAAACUCAGCAGGGCUUUUUUCAGGUAUUGCAAAUGAAUACAGCAAAUAUCCUUAUGUAGCCAUUGUGAUCGUCUCACUCUUGGAAAUGUUGUACGUGUACGCUGUUUACCCUCCUGUACGUGGUCUCCCUUUGGUUUUUGUUUGUUCAGAGCCCCAGCCCUUUCCAUGCACAGAAGUUGUGUCUUGUCUUUUUUUUUUUUUUUUUUUUCCCCAUAAGGCCUUUUGUGUCACUUCUGUUGAUCUCCAGAAGGGGAGACAGGAGCUGAAAUGUUUCAACACUGGAGAGGCGGGCUGCUGAGCCCCUGAGACCUGUUGGAGUGCUGCUGCUGCGGCCGGAGAUGGGGAGCAAUGGCUUGCUUGGUUUGCUCACUGUUUCCCUCGCCUGUCUGGUGACUCCCCCUCACCCCCGGCCUGUUUGUGUUGGGGAUUACUUACUACUUCCCCCCUCCCCCUCAUCAUUUUGAGGAAUUUGGCUUGCACCAAAUUCUUGCUGUACUUGAGAAGAAUCAUUGCUGUAGAGCCACAAACACCGAUGUUGCUAUGCUACUGAACUGUAUCAGCUGGUCUUGAAAUGCUGUCCGGUCACCAGUCUUCCUUUAUCCUGCAGAAUGAGCAUUCCUAGGAGUACAGGAUCUUUGAUUUCUAUUUUUCUUUUUAACUAUCCAGGUACAAAAAAGGGAAUGAAGCAAAAGGAGAAAAAAAAGCUGGUAUUUUGAGGAUCCUCCUACAUUCUUUCCAGUUAAUGUGUUAGUAAUACAGUCUGCCUAUAUAGCUGUGGGUCUUGAGGAGCUGGGAGCAACUGAAAUCCUCUGUGCUCAAAAUUUAACAGGAUUACAUUAAAAUUAUCAUGUGGCUACCAUGCAGCUAAUACAGAGGGUAUUUUCCUUUCUCAUAGAUGGGAGUUGUAAGUGUCUGAGGGCAUAGUAAACUUCAUCUGGUUUUAGUUCUUGCAGGCUCGUUUAAAUACAGGUGUGUGCUCUAACACGUUCAUUCCCUUUGAUCUUGGCCGUUCCGUCAGUGGAUUUCUGUGGAUGUCUCACAGCGAGAGCCGUCAGCUGUGGCUUGGGAAGAGCCCUGACUGGCACUGCGAGUGCAUGGCACCCUGCUCUCGGGUGGCGUCAGGAGAGGCUUCAGAAUGAGGGGCAGUGGCAGGUCUCGGCAUAGUGUGCACGUGGUGGAGUGGGGGAGGAGAGACAGCUAAGGAAAAGGAAAGAGAACGAAAAUCAGGUUUGCUGUCUCACCUCACCCCUGUCAAACUUCUCUGCUUUCCUGUGGUCCUUCUGGUGUCCAGUUCUUAGAGCAGCACUCGUUUUGGUGUUGAAGUUUCACAUCAUGUUCCUGGCCAGAAGAAAACUCUUUGUGUGACUCCAUUUCAAUGGAAGGGAGAGUUUUAUGUUAUAGAAGGGUGAUGGGAGCUUUUUGUUUGUUUGUUUUGUGGGUAUUUUAUUUUAUUUUAUUUUUAAGACGUUAAAGAAGUCAGGGAAUUGUUGACUGUAAUGGGAGUUUCAGCUUUUAAUAACUGUUCCUCCCUCCUGUGCUUGUACUUCCUCAAACUGACUAAACUCAUCCCAAAUACUGUAGGCAGCGUUGCUGUGACACUUCUGUGGGUGGUGAGUAACUAACAUUAGGGCUGUGAAUGGUGUCAUGAGUUAGUACCCAGAGCCCACGGCUGUGUGACAUCUCUCUUACGUUUCCAGAAUGGUGAAAUUUGCAGUGUUGAGGUUUUCUGAGUGGCCAGACAAGUCUGUGUGAAGUCUGCAGAAGAUGCAUGAUAACCCUUAAGCAGCGAUUGAAAAUGUUUCCCUGCUACUUAACUCUAUCAACAGAUUAUAUACAUUUAGCACCAGAAGCCAUGUGGCAGCGUUAUUUGGUAAUGACUGCUUGGGCGAUGUUUUGAUUUCUAUUACAACUCAGGCAUUUUAUGUCUGAUCAUUGCUAUACAUGAUUUUUUCACGCCCAGCCUAAGUGGCUUUCAUUUUGCUGAAAUAACAGCCUCUUCAGUCCUCGGAUUUCUUUGCAGCAGCAUCUGUGUUUUUUAGCUGGAUACUUCUCAAAGUUUACUGCUGCAUGGUUGCAAAACAGUAUUUAUGACUUAAGCAGUCACAGCAUUCACCCAACACGACGCGGGUUAAGUGCAAGCAGGAUAAAGUAGAAACAUGGGCACCUCUAAAGGUCAUCCGUGGAUGAAUAAACCGUACACACUGACGAGGGCAAUAACUACAUGAAGUCUUUCUUAAGUUAAAAUGAGUCAAAACCUGAGAAAACUGAAAAUUCAAAACAGGGACUUCCCCUAUUUCAAACUACAUUAAGGAGCGCUUAGCACUUACCUUGGACACGAUUUCACGUCAGCUUUUCUAGCAAGUGUUGACUGGUUUGUUUUUUGUCAGGUUUCGCAUCAUAUUAGUAAUACGAUAAAAAUGAUGUAUGUCUAAUAAUUCUCUGCAGGCAAUAAAGCACCCUCAGAUACGCCUAGAGGGGCACAGCCGAGUGCCUCUGGUUCCUAGAAGACUAGUUAUUUGACAACCUUGGGAGUACGGCUCUUUGUAGUGAAUUUUUAUUCUUUCGUGUGUGAUUUCUUUUUCCCGUAGACUACUUCUGUUGAUUGGAAACUGUGAGGCUUUUUCUGUAAGGUUUACAGAAAUCGUUCUGCCCACUAGAAUGGCGAGAAACCCAUCUAAGCUAACACAGUUUAUACUUCAGUGUUAAAGCACCUUCAUUGGUUGAGAAAGGGAAUCUGGGAAAAGACCAAAGCUCCCUUGCAUCCGCUCUUAAAAAACAUAUAGCCUACAAUCCUACUCAGUACCUGUUUGCAAAUGGCUGAGUUUGCCUCGUUCUGUUCUGCUAACAUCCAGCCUGGCGACUGGAAGGAGUCAGAGAAUCCAACGCCUCACUGUGUACAAAAUGUGUAUUUAUAAUUCUCUGAAGCGAAUGCGGGUCUGUUUAGUGAAAAAUCUACUCACGUUUACUCUGAGUUGGCAUGUGUAAUUAGAUAUCAUUGUUCAAAACUGUCUUUUUAGAAUAGUUGUGUGAAGGUGUAUCUGAGAAAAUUCCUUCUUUCAAUCAAAUGAAGGUGCGCAUCUUCUGGGGAAGUAUUUUGUGUUACACUUGAAAUGUACAAAUGUGCCCUGUAUAGCUUCAAAUGACCCUUUCAUGUCUCCAUUAAGUAUAUUUUGUCUUUACAACAUUACUAACUGAAUAAGAACUGGAUUAUUUUCAAGACGACGUUAGUAAAAGUAUUGUUAAAUCAAGCACUUUAACAUACAUAUCACGAACUGACAUGGGUUUUUCAGGUUUUGAAGUACAUUGAAAUACAGCUUUUCAUGCUAUGUCCUUUACAAAUAAAACUGUGAGAAUAA